CAGUUGAUAUUUGCCUGCCGGCAACAGCAGAAGUAACUUUUUGUGGAGCCCGCUUAAGGGGGAAUGUGUGUGUGUCUGGCUGGCCUAUGUAGUUAUUGCUGUGUUAGUGUGUAAAUAUUGGUUGCGCGCAAGACUUUGAUUUAAAAUUCGAAAACCGCGACAAGUUAUUGUAAUUAGUACGGGUGCUAAAAUUUAAUUAAAUAAAUCGAUAAAUAUAGAAGACGAAUCAACUUCUCACACACACACACAUUCUCAUACUAAAUACUAUAAAAAGUUUGCGAUCACAAAUCCAACCACUUCACUAUAUAAAAAUGUAUACAAAAAUCUUUCGUGCUGUGAUAAUCGGUGCACCUGGGUCAGGCAAAGGCACAAUCUCGGAACUCAUUGUGAAAACAUUUGGGUUUCUGCACAUUUCAUCAGGCGACAUUCUGCGCCAGAAUAUUAUCAAAAACACGGAUCUCGGCAAAAAGGCACAAAGCUACAUUGCCGCCGGACAAUUGGUACCCGAUGAGAUAGUGACAAAAACAAUGAUCGCCCGCAUUACAGAGGUGGGCAACAAGUCGUACAUUUUGGAUGGAUUUCCGCGUAAUGGAGCUCAAGCUGAUAUUUUGUCGGCACGCUGUCAGAUUAACGCUGUUAUUGAUCUAAACAUUCCACACGAUGUGAUCAUUGAACGAGUGAAACAUCGUUGGAUUCACGCACCGUCGGGCCGUGUCUAUAACAUUGGCUUUAACGAUCCUAAAGUGCCGGGCAAAGAUGAUGUUACGGGCGAACCACUAACACAACGGGAAGAUGACAAACCCGAAGUGGUAGCCAAGCGUUUGCAGCUCUAUGAUGAGCUAAUGGGUCCGGUUUUGGCUUGGUACGGAGAACGUGGUCUGGUAACUACGUUCAAGGGUCGUGAAACUAAAGAAAUAUGGCCACGCGUCGAACGCUUUCUUAAGGACAAGGUCAACAAGGGUUAAAUAGGGUAUUAUAUAAACUAGAAAGACAGUUCAAUUAAAUAUGUGCACAAAUGUUUUAUUAUGAAUAGGCAGGCAGCUGAUGCUUAUAAGGAAGAUGAGAUGUGUUCAAUUAAGGCAAAUCAAUAUACAUAUAUAUAAGAAUGUAUAAAUAUGUAUUGUGCAGGAGGACGGGGGUUAGGAGUUCAUUGGAACUAAUCAAAUAUAAUUGCGAAGCCUUACAAAUUAGAAUCGAAUCAACAAAUUAGACGGUUCCAAACAAAUGUAUUUUCUCUACAACUUAUACAUACAAAAAUCAUUGGUAAUUGACAUCGAGGCUGGCAACGUAAAGCCAUCCAAAACAUUCCCCUCAUAAAAGUGUUUUGUUUUGAUAUGAAUAUUAUAUAUAUACACAUAUAUACUUGUACUUGUAUAAACGCUCCUAAGUUGGUGCUCUGAUAAUAAAUCGUUUUUUAUAUUACCCACUGAUAACAUGUUGCUGCUGAUUUUGAUAUGGCAAAAAACUAUUUUUGGACUUCGUAAUACUACAACAUGACAGCUCCGAGUGUUUGAUUUUAUGGCUUCUUGGGCACUAUAUUAUCGUAUACAAAUGCCCUCCACAUUAUGAUGUAGGGCAUUGUUAGUUGAAGCUACAACCACUGACGAGUGUUGCGCUCUACACAUUUGCUUGUCUGCUCUCUCAGUUUCACACGUACGCGAGAGAGCUCACAACGUCACGCACACUAGUGAAGUAGCGCUCAAUUGAGUGUGAUUUUAAAAUACACUGAUUGGGGUCCAUAAAUGUUAACGAAGUUUGGAACUAAAUAGCAAGGCGCCAUACUCUUGUGGCUCUCACGAUGAACGGACGCCACACAUGAGCAUCAGAUAUGGAAUACAGCCCCCAACUGAUUAAACAAAUGUCAACAAAUCACAAUUGCUUCGUUGAUAUUGAAUAGUCAGCUGUUUUUUUAACAACUGUGUCAACAUACAGCAGCUGUUUAAAGAUCAAAACAAUAUUUUAAGCUUCUUGCAGAAUAAACAUUGAAUUGUGUAAUACAUGCAUAGAUUUGGUGAGAUACAAAAUGCUUUUAAGUGAGCGUCUUAUUUUAUGCAGCACUGUAUUGAGAGCAAAAGCUCUCAUCGUGUUUUGACCAAUAUUACGGCAUUUGUGACACACAUACACUUGCGCACACUUGCACACACAGUUAGAGUUACUCGUCGUACACUACACCUGCCCCCGCCCAGCAAACAUACACAUACACGCGUAAAUUUACACACAUACUAUACAAUGAAACCGCGCGUAGCAUUUCCUGAAUCAAAUGACCCCAAAAACAAAAAGUGCAAUUGGCUUCUGCGAGUGUGAGCAAUUGGACGCCUAUCGAUGAAUGACAAUUUAAAGAAUUUGCAAUCGAAAUAUCACACAAUCCAAGAGCAAACGUCAAUGUAUAAUGGCUGCGUUGCGCUUUUGUUGUUGCAGGCUUUCUGUUGCUGUCAAGCAUCUUCUUUGUUUAUGCCAAUGCGGCCAUAACGAAACCAGCGAUGACAAUGGGCAAAACAAUCACGAAAAAAAGUUCACUACUGACCACAGAAAUUGAGCUCAGUACCCGCCUGCCUGACUCACUCAUGAUGCAAGCUGUGCUUGUGAAAUGAUGAGAUACAUGUUCAUACAAUAACAGCAUUUAUUCAAAUUUACCUCGAAUUUUGGUUCGCUUAUUGAGAUUCAUCCAAAUCUCGCCGCGUAUCACUUGGCCGGCAUAAAAAAUGCGCUCUGGAUUGUCUAGCCUGAUGCAUAAUCGAUCGCUUUCCAUGCUGCUGGUGUUGUUGUUGUGCUCCUCUUAUUAAA